UGAGCAUGCCAAUUAACUCUUGGUAUAUUCAUGUUCCCGUGCGCGGGCAGAGGCUCAGAGGCUAGCCGAAAGCUAGCUAGCAAUUUAUAACAAAAUGCAUAUCUUUUCGCGAGCCGAGCGGGUGCCCUAGGAGCCAGUGAAUGUAUAUGUGAAACGACAGCGUUUAUGGGGUGAUUUGGGAGAUCGCGGGAGUAUUUUUGCCCGUUUUAAUGAACCGCAGAACCCAUAUUUUGGCCCACAACAACAGAGCAUCCGAGCACCGUUUGUGGAUGAGAAGAAGGGACCCAACGUUACUAGGGGAGCAGCUAACAUACUACAGACUGGCAUUUUAUCGGGAGUCCUUGGUGGGCUUGAAUGGACACUCCAGAUACCACUUGAAGACCAAGAAUUUUCACCAGUCUCUCCACACAGGUCUGAUCCCCACACAGCUGUUCUCCUCUGUGCGACACUGCUCCUGUCAUUAAAUCAUCCGUCACAGCCCCUUCACCAAGCACACUUGGCUGUUCUUCAGUGGUAUUUGUUGAAAUGGAUUGGGCCACACCGGCUGCCAAACUGAAUCCCUACACCAGAGCCCGCAUGACAGAGGCCUGGCAGCAGCAUGCAGUCGCUCCACCUCAAGUUGUCCACACCAUCCCUCCAGGAGCUGAGAACGCGCUGGGCUGUGCUGUGUACGGCAUUGUCCUGCAGCCGGAUGCUACAUCUUUACAGCAGCAGCAACAGACCCAGCAUGGACAGCACAGCCAGCAUGGCCAACAACACAGCGGGAGUCAGCAGCAUGGAGGCGGGCAGCAUGGUCAGCAGCAGCACCCCACCCAGGCCCAGCAGACCUCCCUACAGGUAGGGACAGAGGGGGGACACAAGUGUGGGGCCUGUGGACAUGAUAUCUCCCACCUGGCCAACCCACAUGAGCACCAGUGCAUGGUGAACCAGGACAGGUCUUUCCAGUGCACCCAGUGCAUGAAGAUUUUUCACCAGGCGACAGACUUGUUGGAACAUCAGUGUGUUCAGGUGGAGCAGAAACCGUUUGUGUGUGGGGUGUGUAAGAUGGGAUUCUCCCUACUCACAUCUUUAGCCCAGCACCAUACAUCCCAUAACAGCACCAACCCAAUGAAGUGUUCAAUAUGUGAGAAGACCUAUCGUCCUGGUUCUUCUGGAAACGUCACACCAAACUCAAAUAAUCCUCAGCAGUCCAGCAGUGAUGGGGCGUCAGCUAGCAGUAGCUCAUCUAUUCUGCCUUUUCCCUCAGCCCGGGACCGGCCAUACAAAUGCUCUGUUUGCCAGAAGGGAUUCAAACACCUGUCAGAACUCACGCGACAUGAGAGGGUGCACACAGGAGAGAAGCCCUUCAAAUGUGACACGUGUGACAAGGCCUUCAGCCAGUCGUCACACCUACAGCACCACCAGCGCACACACAGCAGUGAACGCCCAUUCAAGUGUGCUGUUUGUGAAAAAAGUUUCAAGCACCGCUCCCACCUCGUGCGCCACAUGUAUGUGCACUCUGGUGAGCACUUGUUCAAAUGCAACUUAUGUGAGUUGCACUUCAAAGAGUCAUCAGAGCUCCUUCACCACCCCUGCCACCCGCAGGGUUCUCGCCCGUUCCGCUGUGCCGCAUGUGGUAAGGGUUUCAAGCGGCCGUCUGACCUUCGUCAGCAUGAGCGCACACACUCAGAGGAGCGUCCCUUCCACUGUGACGAGUGUCAGAUGAGCUUCAAACAGCAAUAUGCACUGGUGCGUCAUAGACGCACGCACAAAGAUCCUACUGAUAGGCCAUUCAAAUGCAAUCUGUGCGACAAGGGCUUCAUGCAGCCCUCUCAUCUUCUUUACCACCAGCAUGUUCACGGCAUGGACAACCUGUUCAAGUGUGCCUCAUGCCAGAAAGAGUUCAGCCAGUCAGGAGAGCUUCUCAGACACAAGUGUGGCGAGACAUCUAAUACCUCGCCCGACAAGCCGUACAAGUGUGACGUCUGUGGCAAGGGCUACAAGAAGAGCUCCACAUUACAACGUCAUCAAAACUCUCACUGCCAAGAGAAGCCCCUCAAAUGCUCGCUCUGUGACCGGCGCUUCCUGUCCUCUUCGGAAUUUGUCCAGCACCGUUGCGACCCGUCACGGGAAAAACCGCUGAAGUGCCCUGACUGUGAGAAACGUUUCAAGUAUUCGUCAGACCUGAACCGACACCGACGUGUGCACACGGGGGAAAAACCAUAUAAAUGCGACCACUGCAACAAGGGCUUCAAACAGCGCGAGCAUCUGGCCAAACACCAGAGCACGCACUCUAGAGAGGGUCAGUUCAAAUGUGUUUGGUGUGGUGAGCGUUUCAGUGACUUGGGCUCUUUGCAGGAUCACACAGUGCAACACACCGCUGAUGGAGGGGGUUACGCUGUGCCCCAGUGCAUAUAAACCCAUGGAGACUUUAUCCCAUCUACAGACACUUCCCUAAACUUCUGUUUUCUUGUUUAUCCUUUGUAGGCUGUUUAUUCAGCCUAACUGUCACCACAUUUGCAGGACAGUCUAGGCUAUUGUAGAUGCAUCAAUUCCCCCAAGUCAUACAUAAGGUUUUUGUUGCUUUACUAAGCUGCCUAAAGACCAUCAGUUCUCUGUUAUUCCUUAAAAUCCAGAGGAGGCCUUUUCUCUCCACACACUUUUCUUUUUGUUCCACCUCUUCUCCUUCGUCAUGCCUAUCCUUCCCCCCUCUUUCUCAGAGGCAGCAGUGAAGAGGGCACAACCACUUUACAGAGAGGCCAUGUAUGAAGUCAGUGUAAGUCUGAAGGGAAAAAAAAGUUAGGGGUGUUAUGGGUUUUAGAGGUCAUGCUACCAGCUGAUGGGAAUCUGAAUUGUGAAGGCAUAGAAUCUUAUUGAAUUUAGGCUUGCUUGCGAUCUAUAGACAGAGUGCAUCAUUGCUCAUGGUCAGGUUGGUUUUGCCACUGGAUGUGCUGUGGAUUUAUGGCCUUUUUCAGACACCUGUCUCUGUCACCCCUGAACUGGAGCUGUUCCAGGGGUGUGUUUAGAACUUGACUAUUGGGCUACAGCCACAAGUUUGUUUGUUUGUUUUUUUUGUCACAGUUCUUAUUUACUGCCAAAAUAUUUAACACAAAUAUGACAUAUGAGCCCAUACAAUCACUGAAACUUUUGUGCUAAAAGAAGCUAUUCGUGCUGCCUCCCUCAGUUGUGGGCAUCUGACAACACAGUGUUGCCAACAUAGUGACUUUUCAGACCCUCUCAGACCCCCCCACCCCGUUCCUCCCUCACUCCAAUGACAUUCCCUUCAUUUCAGUUCCUCCCCCUAUCACUUUUUGCCUCCUCUCUGCUUCCUUUUGUGUCCUCUUGUUGCUCUCUCAGCCAUCACUGUUUGGUAUCAGAAGACUGCAGAGUUUUAUUCACGCAUCCAUUCCAAUAUAUUUGUCUUUGGUUAGUUGAAGGAUAACUUUUUGGUUUUCAUCUCCAGUAAUACACUAUCAACCCUUCUGGUCCUGACAGGUCUCGUAUAGCCAGAGCUAUUUCCACACUUUCUUUUAGCUCUGUGUCAGAGUUGGAGAAAGGUCUGGCUGCACCCAUUGUCACUCUGAUAUAGGGGAAAUAAAAUACUCUGCCUUGCUUGUAUUCCUUUAAACCAAUCAAGAUCAUCUUGGGCAGCACUCAGGUCAGGAUACAACGAUGGUGCUUCUGCAAAAUAGUGUUGGGGGAGGCAAGCCCUGGCGUAACAGCGAAGUAGGCCUGUCUUAUUGCAUCCACAUUUUCUUCAAAACUCGCCAUUUUCAGCAUGUAGGUUUCCCUCUCUGAGCUGGUUGUUGUGUCAAAUGGUGACAGCAGUUUGGAAAUGUAACAGUAAAGGGGAGGAGAAUGAUGACUGAAAUGGUCAGCCAAUGGCAGGAUUAUACCAGCAGUCUACUUGUUAGUCAGACUAGUCCCAAACCAACUCCCUGCAUCCACAUCCUGCUGGGUUUUAAUAUUUUUAUUACAUUUAUUAAUUAUGAAGCAGCCAGUAAGCUCCUCAACAUAUGUGAAGGGAAACUGUGUGGGGAGAGUUUCAGGAUUUGUCCUAUAGUGAAAUAAUUCUGGAAAUAAAAUAUCUGUGGGUGUAUGCCAGGGCCCUGUUUUUCACGGCUGCACCUGUUUGUACCGAAGCACCAUUAUGAAGCAGAACCUGAUCCUUAAAGUGUGUAGACUUACCAACCAGUGGACAAUAACCAAUAAAAGCCCUGAUCAUCGAUACCAGUCUGACCCUUCAGUUCAGACACAUAGAACUAUAUAUUUGAAUAUACUUGUCAUGCUCCUCCAGAGAUCACUGUCCUUAGUGUCCCGAAAACGUCCUUGUUUCAACGUUAUACUUCCUCUCUCAGCCUGUACAUACUGUGGACGUGUGAGUGUGCUACGCCAGGUGAGCUGGAAAUGUCCGAACUCGUCUUUCUUAAAAUCAAUAUGUAAAAACUGUUUUUGUAUUCUUGCUACUUUUUACCAUGUGAACUGUUUUGACAAAUGCUCUUUUGUUGUUCAGUGAUUGUAUCAGUAUGUUGCAGGGGGUCUCAAAGAGAACCCUUAAUGUGUGUGUGUGUGUGUGUGCGCGUGUGUGUUUGAGCGUGUGAAUGUACAAACAGUAUUCUGUCAAACAGGGACAUUCAGACUGUAGAGAAUUGUAUUAGAAAUGUUUCAACAGACCUACGCCUUUUUUUUUAAUGUACUAACCUUACUGGUCUGUCUGAGCUGUUUUUGUGUUUUCCAAGUGUUUUCCAUGUUUCGAAAGGAAAUAUUAAUGCUGUUUUUCAAGAUACAUGUUGCAUUAAGGUUGACGUUGUGUUUGUCAGAAUGGGUUCGUACCACAGUGAAUGACACCCUCCUCUUCUUGGAAUGCUAUGAGAUUCUACUUGAGUUUAGGAAGCCUGGAACACAAGUAGGUUUACACGUCAGCUGUGGUCGCCAUUGUUCCUUUUUCGGAUCAUAAGGGAACCACCCCCCAUCCACCCCUGACCCCCACCCCCCCACCCCCCCCUCCUUUUCACUGUUCAUUCAUGGUUUGAGUACAGUAUUGAAAAGUUUUGAGUACAAAUGGAGGAGGUCAAGUAACAUUUUUCUCUGGCUUGUAAUUUUAGUUUAGCCUUUAAAUGAGGGCACAGUGCCUCUGUGUCUCUUCUUCCUCUUCUGCUGUCUGUUUCUAUCCAUCAUCAUCACCAUGCAAGGUCAGAGCGGUGGUUUCAUCAGCUUUUGUAUUUUUUUAUUUUCUAAAUCUGGCAUUAUAAGACUUUGAGAACUUGGACUUAAAGUAAAGAAGUACUGUAUGUUUUUUCCCACAUUUGUUUCUAUUUUUUAUGAUUACUCUUUAAAUUGAUAUGAAUAUCUAUAUUCCUCAAGGGAUAGAGAGAGAGAGAGACCAGGGCCUUGGGAGCUAGGUCUGGUAUAGAGCUUUGACAAUGUACAGUUGUUUCUAAUGCCAAAUCUACACAAAGAACUCUGUAGGGUGGAGGUGGUGUAAAAGUUGAAUAAGUACAACAAAAACACAUCAGGAAUCUGUGAAGGUUGGAUUAUCUAUGCCAAGAUUCUACAAAAUGCUUGAGGACUUUUGAUUUGUAAAUCGAUGCUGACACAUCGCCAGACUAGUCUAAACUAGUCAUUCCAGUCACUAGUCACUGGAAAACCAGUCACUCUAGGUGCAGGAUAAGGACCUUGCAUAACGUGUAGUGUUAACAUGUGUGAAGAACAAUUCCAGCCCAGCAGCACUGGUUCAGUUGUUAGUAUUCAUGUCUGGUCAUGCAUUUGUCCUGUGUGUUCUGUUCAGCUGUGUCAAACAUUAAUGGACCAAUCUGAGACCACAGUUAAGAAUACUGCAAAGUGAAAUAGAGAACUGUGCUCUUUACCUCUUCAUAGGUUCUGUGUUUAAAAAGCAUAUCCAAUAAGCAGUCAGGGAAAGGAGAGGAAAAUCUCCUGUAUAAGCACAGAUUAAGUAAAUCCACACUUGUGUGUUUUAACUGAUGGUUUUUAUGAAUAAAAAGUCAGUUUAGGCACCAGUUCACCCACCAGUCCACCAUCCCUGCUCUUUUUUCAGUUCCAGUGAAUAAAGCUGUCAGACCCUGGUGUCUCUUGCUCUCUGCAUGCUUGCUGUGUUAGUUCCUGUGUUCUGUCCUUGGGAACUGGUGCCCCCCCCCCUCCUUGUCCUCACAGCCCUGUUCCCUCCUAUAGCUUUUCAAAUUGUACUGUAGUUUAUGUGAAUGAUGUUGAAAAAAAGAAAUGAAACUUGUGGCAACGUACAGUACAUGUAAAUUCAUGCUAAGAUUAACUGUAUGUAUGUAUGUAUGUAGCAUUCAAUUACACACAGCACUAACAAAUUAAACUUUUUUUUUCAUUUAUUAACUUAAA